UCUGCGCCACUUCAAACACAGAGUCCAUGAUCAUGGGGAAAAACUCGCAGCUACAGCGCGCGCUCACGGCGCUUCUCGUGCUCGCGCUCGCGUCUCCCGAGGGCUCCGUUCGGGCGGGACGCUCGUCCUCCAGGGGUCUCCUGCGCACGGGCGGCUGGACACCGGAGGGACACGGAUCGUCCGGCGACGGCGAGCUGGACGGCGCCGGCGGGACCAUAGAGCGCAGUGAAGGACACCAGGCUCUCCAGGGCUUUCUGGCGGGUGCAGAGAAGCUGCGGCCCCUGGCCCCUUCGGUGCGGUGUGACGAUGACACCAUGAGCCUGAGGCUCCGCGGACGCAGGGAUUCCGGUGUUCUGGUGGAUCGAGCGGGUGGCCCGCCUGUCCCCUUGUCCCAGCUGCCCCCCCACUGUGGCUUCUCCCUCCGGAGGUCCAGGAGAGACCUGCUGCUGGUGGCUCCGUACGACGGCUGCCACGUGUCCCGAGAGGACGGUCGCUAUGUCCUGCCCCUGCGUGUCCAUGGGGCGCCGGUGAAGAUGUCCUGCCCCGCGACCCUCCGUUCUCCGGCCACGGUCUCCUGCGGAGACUCGGAAAUGGUGGUCAGGGUGGAGGGGGCUUCAGCGCAUGAGGUCAGAGUGAAGGUGGGGGGCUCAUGGGAGUCCUUGCUCUCCAUCUGUGGAUGGUGUGCCUCCAGUGUUGAUGUUCACCGUGGACACCUGCUUGUCACGAUCCCCUACACCUCAGCCUGUCUGGAGUCUGAGGAGGCCAGUCUCUCACUGAGGCUGCUGACCACAUCUGAGGAGACGACUCUGUCAUGCCCCCGACCCUCGGACGAUGAGGAUGAAGACGAUGCCGGUCCUACUCCACCUGCCCGUCCUGCGUACCCCAUGUUCCCUCCCUACUACCCAAUGUCCUUCUACCCUCUGUAUUAUCCUACUGUAGCCCCAACUGCCCCCAGACCCUCCUACCCCAGGUACCCAUUUAACCCAAUGGGCUUCCCCUACAUGUACCCCCAGGCUCCCCGGAGUGUGGCAGGUAAAGCGGCUUCCCAGGGGGUCAUGUACCCUGGUUAUCCCCUGUUCCCCAUGCCUUACGUGUACCGCUAUCCAACGGUUCCCCACCACUGA